AUGUCUCAAGGAGAUGAUGGUGGUGACCGCCACAAAAGUAUUUCAGGUUUGACUAAUACUACAGACAAAGUUCCUUAUAAUGUGAAUGCGACAUAAGACAUCUCAUCGAGAGACGAAUUGCUUGAAGAGGAUUAAAGGCAACCCUAUGUAGCCUCACCAUACGACACACAAUACAACAGAAUGAAAUAUUACUCAGCUCUGAGAACUGGCUUCAAAUAACUCGAUCCUAAAAAGUAAAGUUUUCUUAAGGUUCCCAAUCAUGCAGUCGAUCCAAUUGGCUAUUAUGUAAACCAAUUACCCAGAUCGCAUUCAACCAAGUUAGAUGGAAAGUAAAGUUCUUUGACUACAAUAUUCACUUGCUGGAACACUAUGAUUGGAUCUGGCAUAGUCGCCUUACCCUGGACCUUUGGGUAAUCUGGAUUCCUGCUAGGAUUGAUUAUUUGCAUCAUAGGAUUGAUCAUCUCGUAUAGAACUUGCAUUCUUAUGAUCAGAGCAGCAGGAAAUGAUCCCGAAUACUUCGAUACUCUCUAUAAAUAUUGGGGUAAAUGGGCUUAUUAUUGUGGUUUUAUUUCAACAUUGCUAAUUAUGGUCGCAGCAGUUUGCGCAUAUUUCGUUAUAUUAUCUCAAAUGCUCUACUUUAUCUCGCUUGCUCUUAUUGAGUGGAUAUUCAAGCAUCGUCUUACGGUAGUGACCUCGGCUGACUUUUCAGUAUUUUCCCUAGCUUACAUGGCAUUGGCAGUGUUCGUGAUUGAAUUCAUUAUUACUCUGAAGAAAGAUCUCACUAUAUUCAUCAAAUUAAUGUCGUUCGGUUCUAUCUUUAUUAUUGCUCUGAUUUUGUUUAUCAUUGGAUUUGGCUUUUAUGCACUAGGAACCACUCACUUUGACGUAAUUGGUCCUAGCACUAAAACAGAAUUUGACCCAAGCACUGAUACAAGAUAACUAAGACUUUUUAAUACAGACUUUUCACCAUUAGCAGGAUUGUUGGGUAUUGGAUACUUCUUGCACACAGUUUCUUUGCCAAUUAUAAAAAAUAAUGCAAAUCAGAAAAAUAAUGAGAGAGAUGUAUUUAUUGGCUACAUAAUGGUCGGCUUCUCCUAUAUAUCUGUGGGCAUUAUGGGUUCUAUUGGUUUUUCAGGAAAAUACUUUGAUAAUUAUUAUCUGUAGCAUUUGGAUAAGCUACAAAUAGAUGAAAACUGCAUGAAUAUGUUUGACUAAACAGAUAUCCUUGCUUUCUUUAUGAGAGUUGCUCUUUUCUGCCUAUUGUUCUGUUGCUUCCCAUUGAUUAACCAUUUCCUCAGAUCACUUGUAUUCUAAUUAGUAUUUAGAGACUAAGAGAUUUCCCAGAAAAAAUUCAUAAUAGUCAAUUUCAUUAACCUAUUUGUUCCCACGAUGAUCACAAUAUUUUACCCAAAAGUCGGAAGUAUUUUAGGAAAAAUCGGAUCUAUAGCAGGACUCUUAAUUGUUUACAUUUUACCAGUCAUUACUUACUUAAAGAAAUACAGAACAGAACUUGAACAUCCUUUAUUGGCGAAGGCUAUUUAAAAUGAUAUGUAUGAGUAUAGAACAACAGGCCAACUUGAUGUGAAGUCUCCAAAAAUUGUUGUAAGAAGAGCAUUAGUUGACUCACAAACUCCUAAUACUAAGAGGAAAAUGCUUGAUGAUAGUUCUGUAAUUGGAGCACCAGUUAACCUAAAACCAUACUAUUGGGAAUGCUUUACUCACUCGUUUAUCAUAAUUUAUGGUGUUCUUAUUCUUAUCCUGUAGUUUUAUAAUCCCUUUAUAUGA